AUGCUGGGCAUGGCCACAAGAUACAACAUUCCUUCACCAGUGCAAGUGCCCAUAGUAUUGGAUCAAAAGGACAUAAGAUGUCAGUCGGAAGUUAUUGUUCAGGAAAAAGUGGACAUGGAUCUGGAUUUGGUAUUGUUGGGCUUGGUCGUGGAGUUGGAGGACAAUGUGGAGGAAUCACCCCUGUUACUCUUUGUGCAAACUGUUGGCAAUAUUGUUGGGCUUGGUCGUGGAGUUGGAGGACAAUGUGGAGGAAUCACCCCUGUUACUGUGAACCAAGGCCUACUAGCUCCUCUUAAUUUGGAGAUUGACCCAAGUAUUCAAAGAGUAAGAACCGAAGAGAAGGACCAAAUUAAAGGACUCAACAAUAAGUUUGCUUCCUUCAUUGACAAGGUGAGAUUCCUUGAACAACAGAACAAGAUGCUGGAGACCAAAUGGGGUCUUCUGCAGGAGCAGAGGACAGCCAGGUGCCAGAUUGAACCUUUGUUUGAGGCUUUUAUUAGUAACCUCAGGAGACAGCUUGAGAGCCAUAAUGUUUGGGUUAGCAUAUGCCCAGUGAACACAUUUUUAGUCCAUACACUUAGAUUUAUAUAUGAAGAUGAGGUAAACAGAAGAACAGCAGCAGAGAAUGAAUUUGUAUCUCUAAAGAGGGAUGUUGAUGCUGCUUUCAUGAACAAAGCUGAGCUGCAGGCAAAGGCCGAUUCCCUGACUGAUGAGAUCAACUUCCUGAGGACUCUUUAUGAUGCGGAGAUUUCUCAGCUCCAGGCUCAGAUCUCAGACACUUCAGUAGUAGUUUCCAUGGACAACAGCCGAGAUCUGGACAUGGACAGUAUGAUUGCUGAGGUCAGAGCUCAGUAUGAGGAGAUUGCUAACAGAAGCAGAGCUGAAGCUGAAGCCAUGUAUCAGUCACGGUUUGAAGAUGUGAGAAUGGCAGCUGGAAGGAACAACAAUGACCUACAGAACAGUAAAAACGAGAUUGCUGAACUUAAUCGAACAAUUCAGAGACUUAAAGGAGAAAUUGAGUGUGCCAAAUCUCAGCGUGCUGCACUGGAAUCUGCCAUCAGUGAAGCUGAGGAACGUGGUGAAGCUGCUGUCAGGGAUGCAAAAAAUAAGCUGGCUGAGCUGGAGGCUGCUCUACAGAAGGCCAAGCAGGACAUGGCUCGCCAAAUGAGAGAAUACCAGGAACUGAUGAAUGUCAAACUGGCUCUGGAUAUUGAGAUCACCACUUAUAAAAAGAUGCUGGAGGGAGAGGAGUACAGAUUGGCUUCUGAUGGUCAUGUUAAUCUGUUCUACACUCCAGGACUGGAGGAAAACACCAUUCGGGGGGACACCAUGGAGGACACCAGCAUCACAAUCAAAAGGGAGGAUUCGCCUCGAACUCUAGCGAAACGCAGCGCGGUGCCUACGCUGGCCAUUUAUCAAGACCUUCUCAAUUGCUGCCGAGACCUUAAUUCCAUUUUGGAUCUUGCUUACUUAAGAUUCCGGGAUUCGGCUCGGCGCACGUUCUAUGAAUUUGGCAACAAGAGUGGCAGACUCCUGCCGCGUUCUGUUCGUGCCAGACGUGCUGCUCCCACGGUUUCAUUGAACAUCUUGUCUACAAUAGAGGAGAAAUUGUUCAACCACUUCAUGAGCUCGAUCCUCCAUCCAGUCCACGCGGGGAACCAUGCCCAAGCUUGA